AACACCCCUGUUUGUCGGCCCCUGAGAAGCGAAGGGAGGUGCAGUGGAAGCCGAGGCCGAGGCCGAGGCCGAGCAGGGGCUGACCCGGCUUGACUCGGACCUGAACACGGCACCAGUCCCGUGCGGACCGAAGGCCCUGGCGUGGAUGGACGAACCCGGCCCUGAAGUCACGCUCGCCUGACCGUCCUGGCGCGGGGCCUCCGGGCCGAGCCGCAGGCGCCCCGGACCUGCUCUCAGGGGCCGGGCGACGGCCCCAGGCCCCGGCGCGGAAAGCAGGCCCAGCUCGGGCGCGCCCUCCCGGGCGCCCGCCAGCACCUGGGGGCCGCGCUGGCCAGCGCCAGCGUGGUGGUGAAGGCGCUGUGCGCGGCGGUGCUGCUCCUCUACCUGCUGUCCUUCGCCGUGGACACGGGCUGCCUGGCCGUCACCCCGGGCUACCUCUUCCCGCCCAACUUCUGGGUCUGGACCCUGGCCACCCACGGGCUGAUGGAGCAGCACGCGUGGGACGUGGCCAUCAGCCUGGCCACCGUGGUGGCGGCGGGGCGUCUGCUGGAGCCGCUCUGGGGCGCUCUGGAGCUGCUGAUUUUCUUCUCGGUGGUGAAUGUGUCUGUGGGGCUCCUGGGGGCCUUCGCCUACCUCCUCACCUACAUGGCUUCGUUCAACUUGGUCUACCUGUUCACCGUCCGCAUCCACGGCGCGCUGGGCUUCCUGGCGGGGGUCCUGGUGGCGCUCAAGCAGACCAUGGGAGACUGCGUGGUCCUGCGGGUGCCCCAGGUGCGCGUGAGCGUGGUGCCCAUGCUGCUGCUGGCGCUGCUGCUCCUGCUGCGGCUGGCCACGCUGCUCCAGAGCCCCGCUCUGGCUUCUUACGGUUUUGGGCUGCUCUCCAGCUGGGUUUACCUUCGCUUCUACCAGCGCCAUAGCCGGGGCCGAGGGGACAUGGCUGACCACUUCGCUUUCGCCACCUUCUUCCCGGAGAUCCUGCAGCCGGUGGUGGGGCUGCUGGCGAACGUGGUGCACGGCCUCCUGGUGAAGGUGAAGCUGUGCCAGAAGACGGUAAAGCGCUACGAUGUGGGAGCCCCGUCUUCCAUCACCAUCAGCCUGCCAGGCACAGACCCUCAAGACGCUGAGCGGCGAAGGCAACUGGCCCUGAAGGCCCUGAACGAGCGGCUGAAGAGAGUGGAGGACCAGUCUGUCUGGCCCAGCAUGGAUGACGAUGAAGAGGAGGCUGGGGCCAAGGUGGACAGCCCCCUGCCCUCAGAAAAAGCUCCUACCCCUGCCGGGAAGGAGGCUGCCCCCGAAUCCAGUCUCAUCACCUUUGAGGCAGCUCCCCCCGCGCUGUAACUCCAGACCACCUGCGUGCAGCACCUCCUCUCCCGAGCCCCCUUGAUGCGUCUCAGCUCCUCCAGGGCACGACCACUCUGAGGAGAGGCAGCAAGGCCUUCGGGGGCUUUCAGGGCCUUCUGCUGCGUUCUGCCAACACUACCAAGCACCCUUGCUGCCUGGUUCCAACUCCAGACAACCACUCGGUCAGGCCUGGGGCCUCUGAGGCACAGCCAGUGCAGGACCCCGUCUGAGGUAAGACUGUACCUCAGGAGGCAGCCCUGAGCAAGUGGCUGCAGGGACACUGGCGCCACAGCUCCCGGCCCAGCCCUCGCGUCUGAAACUGGUUGCCAAGAACGCUGAGCCAAGGCAAGGAUUUACAUUUGCCAAAAACGUUAGGGAGGCCCGGCCAGUGCAGGAGUCGGUGCGAAGCUGCACGCCCCUGCUCACCCCCGGAGACUGAGCUUGUCGGGAUGUCUUGUUUCCCUCUGCUGUGCCCGUGACUGCCUCUGGGCCGGAAGAGCCACAGUUCCCAGGUAUUUUCUACAGGACCACUUGAGCGGGCAGCCACGCCCAGCCUUGGAGUAUCAAUAAAGCAUUUCUUUGA